AUAAAAAUAAAAAUAAAUAUGGAGAAAAAAAAAAUCGUCUUCUUCUUCUUCUUCUUCUUCUUCACCCUACUUCUCCUUCAGAAAUUUUCCUGAUUUCACCGACAGCUGAAAUAAGCUUCGCAUAUGUUAUGUAUUCAGAAGGAUCUAAGAAGAAACUAGUGCCUGCGACGAUGGCUGCUUCGGCAAAAACUCUAACUCCAGAGAGAUCUGAUCCAUCAGAAGAUUGGACUAUUGUGCUACCGAGGCGUGGAAAGAAGAACAGAACUGUGAACAAGUUUGUGAUCCCUAAACGGCAAAAGGAAGUGCAGUUAUGGGCGCCGAUAGAUCUUGAAACAGAUCCAGAGAGAGAAGCGAAGCUGAAGCAAAAAAUGGAGAUUUGUAUUCAGAAAUUUGAAAGCUCUGAAUUCUACAGAAAUUUACUGAGCCAAAUCCGAAAUCCUGAUAUGCUGGACAAGUUUUCCAAAGUUUUGGGAUCAGAGGAAAAGAUGCAGAUGGUGAUUUAUGGGAUUGGUAGCAUAGAGUCAUUCGAGCCCCCCCGGCUGCAGCUCAGCCUCGCCAUUCUGUUGAAGAGGAGCUUCGAUUGGAUCGGAGGAAUAGAACUCUUUGACCCGAUAAUCUCCCUGACAGAAUCAAAGGUCUUGGCAUCUCUAGGCUGCUCCGUUCUAUCGGUCAAUGAGCAAGGCCGUCGACAAGCUCUGAAACCUACUCUGUUCUUCAUGCCACACUGUGAGGCGGAACUGUACGACAACCUCUUGGAAGUGAAUUGGGAGGUGGAUCGGUUGAAUCGUCUCGUGAUCUUCGGGAACAGUUUUGGCGCGUACGAGCAGCACGCGUCGCUGUGCAAGAGCUCGGCCGUGUCGAGCUCGAGGAAGCGUGUCUUGGCUGUUAGGAGCUUCGCAGAAGAGUUGAGAGUUGAUACUUUCUCUGAUGAUUCGUUUCGAGCAUUUCAUGGUACGAGUUGGCAUUUUUUUGGCCCCUCUGCGGAGGAAGAUUUGCAAAUGAUUGUGUGAAUCUACAUUUUUUGGGGGGGGUAUGUAGCUUCUGCAAUUGAUGCAUAAAAGCAUCUUAUUAGUGAAAUUCAAUAGCAUAAUUGGCUAUGUAGUUUUCUUAUAUCUAGAAAGACUAAAAUUGAAAAGGAUUAUUGGGAAUUUGAAGUGAAGAAUCUUGGGAA